UUAAUUAGGUUCCAAGAAGAAAGUAAAGAUGGGGAGAGCUCCUUGCUGUGACAAAGCCAACGUGAAGAGAGGUCCAUGGUCACCUGAAGAAGAUGCCAAGCUCAAGUCUUACAUCGAGCAACAUGGCACCGGCGGUAACUGGAUCGCUUUGCCGCAAAAGAUCGGGCUUAAGAGGUGUGGGAAGAGCUGCCGGCUUAGAUGGUUAAAUUAUCUCCGCCCAAACAUCAGGCAUGGAGGGUUUUCUGAAGAAGAAGACAACAUAAUUUGCAGCCUCUACAUAAGUAUUGGAAGCAGGUGGUCUAUAAUUGCAGCCCAAAUGCCAGGAAGAACUGACAAUGAUAUAAAGAACUACUGGAACACAAGGCUUAAGAAAAAGCUUCUUGGUAGGCAGCGCAAAGAACAUCAGCUGGCUCGUAAAUCAGGCCUAGUUAAACAAGACACCAUCAAAAGAUCAGGCGGUGUUGGUGGAAACAGUACUAACUCCCAUUCUGCCGUUCCAGCCACCGACGAUCAAAACCCUUACUGGCCUGAGCUUCCAGUGCCUGCAGUACCCACAGUACUUCCACAACAACAACAGCAGCCUUGUUUUAAUGACCAUGCUUCUCUCAGAAAGUUGCUCAUCAAGCUUGGAGGGAGGUUUGGUUCAGAUGUUAAUCAUAAUCAUGAGACUAAUCAAGUUAUCCAAGGUAGGCCCGCCAAUAUUCAACCAACCUAUCAAGUUCUUGACGAUGAUAAUUACAGUCCAUACGCCGCUGCUGCUGCUACUACUCAGCAAAUGGAUGAGCACUAUUCUGGUAAGAACAUGCAAAGUCUCUUUAUUCCUCGAUGUGGGAUCCAUGCUCUCAACGAUUCUUCUCCUUCCUUAAGCAAUGAUGUUAUCAGCCCUCAUCAAUUUGCACAAACACAUUACAUAGUGAAUACAGAUAACAUUGAUGGACCUGGUAAUGGUAUAAUGAACAACAUGUUUCAAGGGCAAGGUGGUAAUUAUGAGACUGAUCAGCUGAAGGAGAUGGUGGUGUAUAACAACAAUGACAACCAACACAGAUUUGAUGGGUUGGAGUUCUUCUGUGGGGAAGAGAUGAUGGUUAAUAAUAGAAUUACCAGUAGUUAUGGAGAAAGUAUUGGGUGGGGUGAGAUGCUGGGAUGUCCUCCUGUGGCCUCCUCCUCAGACGACUAUCAUGACAGCAUGGACCGAUUGAUCAUGCCGGCCACACCCGGCCAAGAACGUGGUUUCGCCAACGACCAGUUGAUGAGUGGUUACCCUGGGGAGGCAUUAUAAAGUGAUGAUCAUUGUGUACAUUCAAUUAAUGUAAUGUUAAAAUUUGGUAGCAAUAGGGGGACGUGGUAUUGUUUUGCGCCAAAGAGGGAAACCCUAAUAAUAAACUCAUUAGAUGAUAUGUUUUUUUUCUUCUAUGAUUUUCCUGUUAAUUUUUGGACUGAAUUUCUUCAUUAAGGUGGAAUUAGCAG